AUGAAGUUUGGCCGCAACCUGCCUCGGAACAUGGUUCCGGAAUGGAGCUCCUCCUAUAUAAAAUACAAAGCAUUGAAGAAACUGAUAAAGUCGGCUGUCAACGCGAAAAAAGCGGGCAAUGACCCUGAUUUAGCUGGCUUCUUUUACACCCUUGAUCGAAAUCUCGAGGAUGUGGAUAGUUUCUACAAUAAAAAAUUUUCUGACUGUUCUCGUCGUUUAAAGCUGCUUGAGGACCGAUUCGGUCACCUGACGGCAUCACUACCUCAGUUAGAUUCCGAAGAGAUAGAAGAUCUCUUGGCAGCUUUAUUAGAGCUCCGUGGCCAGCUGCGUAAAUUGCAAUGGUACGGUGAGGUAAAUCGUCGAGGCUUUAUCAAAAUCACCAAGAAAUUGGAUAAGAAGCUCCCUGGUGCAAAUGCCCAGAUGCGAUAUCUGUCAACUAAGGUUGAUCCCGCGCCAUUCGCGACAAACUCUCGCCUUCUAAACUCCGUUAACUCCAUUAAUGAGUGGCUGUCUGUUCUGGGCCAUGACAAAGUCAUGGAUGAUAACAGCUCAACCCAUUCCGCACUCUCCUUGAAGAAAACCUCAGCUCAAGUAAUUCUUAACCUUCCUACUAGCUUGCUACUAGCAGUUGACGAUGCUCUUCGGCGAGAUGAUACCCACAUUCUCCUCGAGUUACUCCCAACUCUCAAGGUUGCUGCUGAUGGACUAGGAGAAACUGUUUACACGAAAGUUUUAAUGUCUUUGCAACAGCGAUCGAUUCUCUACCGCUCCAAAGCUUGUCUUGUUGCCCUCUUACAGCGAGUCGGCUCUCUUGAGGAAGAAGAUGAUAUUAAUAAACGAAACUGCAUCCACCGUCUGGUUAUCUCCAUUGGUCGAUCGCAGUCAGCGGCGGACUCCGAACAGGCUACCAUGGUGUUGAACUUCCCUUCCGAAGUAUCAAAUUAUAUUACGCCAGCAGCUACUCCAACACUAAAGCCCCAAAGGCCGGUCGUAAUGGAAUCGGAUCAACCAACUCACCUUAGCCGUGACAGCCCGGUCGUAGUAUUUUUACAGUAUCUCCUGGACAAUCUGCUUCUCCAUCAACGUCCCGCGCUUCUCGCAAGAGAUAUCUCAGGAAAGACCCCAUUACAUUUUGCCGCACAGUAUGGAUUUAAAGCCGUUUGCGAUGUCAUAAUUGAGCAUCUCCAGGACUGGGACAUGUUCGAUGUUUCGGAAGGUAUCGAUGGACCUCUAUGGCAAGAUGAUGAGGGCAUGGCACCACUACAUUUGAGUGUAGUUGGCGGUCACCCCUUAACUACAAAGGCGCUGCUGGACUCUGAAAACUGGAAAGGCAACAAUCAGGAUAAAACAGUAAUAAGAAGGAAUAUUUUAAAAUCCAGUGCCGUCCUUGCUCUUGCUACAAAAGCGAAUUUCGUCGAUAUCGUUCACCUCUUAGUUGAGGCAGGUGUGAACAUUAAUUAUCAAGAUGAACAGGGUGAAACGGCGCUCCACUCGGCGGCGAGAUUUGGCCAUGAUCAAUGUGCGGCCGCACUUCUAAAGGGAUCUGAUGAGCAGAAAGCCAACAUUGAGUUAGCAGAGCAUACCUACUCAUGGACUCCACUUUUUAUCGCUGCUGUGGAUGGUAACUUGAACAUUGUUAAAUUAUUAGUUGAUGCAGGUGCCAACCUUGAGGCCACUGACUCUUCUGGAUGGACUGCAAAGGAACAUGCUACCCUUAGAGGUCAUAUAGAUAUUGCCCGCCAUUUGGAUGAAGCCAUGGCUACCUCUGAUGGGGGUGUCGAGUCAGAUGGUGCAUCGCAGUCCGCAAUAUCUUCAUCCCCUUCAACUCAGUCUUCGUUAAAUGAUCGAAACUCGAGAGAUCGUGCAGCUGAUGCGAUAAAAACCUUUGGUCAUCGCUACUUGACAGACGAGAGCAUGAUUCUAGUCAGCCUUGGAACCAUGGAUAUGAGAAAGACGGCAGAUCCCGUACGCCUUGAACGCAUUCCUAUGGCAGAGGCUCAUUUAACACAGCUUGACACUGCGCUAUCUAUUGUUGUUUCCGCCAGUGGUGCUCAUGGUGAACCGCAGAUUAUCGAUCUACCAGUCCAGGACAAUAUCUCAACGGAACCGAUAGUUUUCCAUACUGCAGAUUCUACGAAGACCAAAAUUGUCUUCGACUUGGUCCCUACUUAUGCCGGCUCUAAGGAUCAAAUCUUUGGCCGCGGAGUAGCUCUGCUGUCUAGUUUCAAGCCCACUGUUGGAUCCAACCGAUCUAACCUACAGGGAGACUUUGUGGUUCCAAUAGUAGCUGCAAAGACCCUCGAGAUUAUUGGAUCUGUCACAUUUAAUUUCCUUGUCAUAACUCCCUUUAGCCAUCCGAAAAUGUCGGUUAAGGAAGACCAGACAUAUUGGAAGAGUAUCGCGUCGCCUAUGGUUAUUGGCCAUCGAGGUCUCGGGAAAAAUAUCGCAGGACGCCAUUCUUUACAAUUGGGUGAAAAUACUGUUCAGCGGUCCCAGUCAUUUAUCGCGGCCGCAAACUUGGGAGCGUCAUAUGUUGAGGAUCAUGUUCCGGUUAUUUAUCACGACUUCCUUGUUAGCGAAACAGGAAUAGAUGCGCCAGUCCAUACUCUUACGUUGGAACAAUUUCUUCAUAUAAGUGAUGGACGGAAGCCAGCUGGGAAGCAGGCUUCCAACCAAAGCGGAACUCCAACCUCAGAUGGCGGAUUCUCACAUCAUCUACAAACACGACCACGGUCUAUGUCGGUUGGGGAAGAAUUAGGUGUCCCCAAUUUGAGCGAGAGAAUGAAACAUACCAGGGAUUUCAAAAAGAAGGGCUUCAAAGGGAACUCACGAGGUGACCACAUACAAGCACCUUUUGCAACACUAGAAGAACUCUUCAAAGAGCUACCAAAAUCAGCAGGCUUCAACAUGGAAUUGAAAUACCCUAUGCUCCACGAAAGUGAAGAGGAAGAAAUGGACACAUAUGCUGUGGAACUAAACUCCUUUGUUGACAACGUUCUCCGUAUAGUCUACGACCAUGGCGAAGGAAGGAACAUGAUAUUCUCAUCCUUCAACCCAGAUAUCUGUCUUCUCCUUUCCUUCAAACAGCCUUCCAUUCCCGUCUUGUUCCUUACCGAUUCAGGAGUGAGCCCUGUUGCCGAUAUUCGGGCUAGCAGCCUCCAAGAGGCUAUCCGAUUUGCCUCUAGAUGGAAUCUUCUGGGCAUUGUCACUAAUGCGGAACCAUUGGUGCUUAGCCCCCGGCUUGUCAAAGUCGUAAAGGAGUCAGGUUUAGUCUGCGUUUCUUAUGGGACAAUAAAUAAUGACCCAGCUAAUGUCAAGGUCCAAGUUAGCGAGGGUAUUGAUGCCGUGAUUGUUGAUAGUGUGCUAGCUAUUCGACAGGGAUUGACGGGGGUCGAAGCUUAG